UAGGACAGCCUGCUUCGCUUCAUCAUCAGUGCUGAAAUGUUGACCACAGACAGGUUAGUCUCUUGCACAAUUUCAAAACAGGUUAUUUCAAAACAGGAUCAGGCAUUCCACAGGCUGAAUGUUCACAGAAAUGACUGCUGUGGGCUGGGAACCACCAUGACCAGGAUCAUCAUUGAUGGACGUACCGCCAUCUUUAAAACAUUUACACCAUUCAGAUGUCUUACUGCGGCUGAGCGUCUCAUCACCAUACUGUGCUUGAAGUCUUCUCUAGAUAUUUGUGGGUUUUAUGCCUUCGUUCACAAGAAACUUCAUCACCACAUGCUUUUCCAUGCAUGCAUUAACACUGUUGUCUGCCAU